AGAAGGCUGUGGGUCAAGAAGCGAGUCUUGCUACUUAAAUGCGCCUAUGAACCACCAUUUUGUUUAUUUUCGUGUGAAAUUGGUGAAUUGUGAUCUGUGCAACAUAAGUUUUUAUAUGUUUAAGAUUUAGUGAUUAUAAAAUUACGUGUAUUAUAUAUGGUUCGGUCGUUUCCCCUGGUAACAGGGGGUGAAGAAAUCCGCAGACAUUGGGCGCAUUGCAAGUAAACACGUUAAAGUGACGGUGUCCGGUAAAAACUCAGUCGGUUCUGGGAAAGAUCGUACAGUUAGUCUUAAUUUAAAAAAACCAAAAAUUCAGAUCACGACAGUUGAAAAUAUGAAUCACGUAAAUGACAAGGAAAAUCAAAAUAAUGACGUAGAGGAGAUGGACACACAAGAAGGUGGAGUAGACGGUGGCGGAGAGACCCAAAUGAACGGUGAGACACAAGAUCAAACCGUGUCACAGGACGCGGAAAUGGAGGAAGAUGAAGCCCGUUCGGAAGCCACCUUCAGGUAUACUGUAACAAACUUCAGCAAACUGAAAGACACACAAUUGUCCCCUCCAACCUACGUGAGAAAUCUACCCUGGAAGAUCAUGGUGAUGCCAAGAACAAGUCCUGCACAAGAUAGACAAAAUCAGAGAAGUCUAGGUUUUUUCCUCCAGUGUAAUGGAGAAUCGGAAUCAACAUCGUGGAGUUGCAACGCUACUGCCGAACUGAGAUUGCUGAGCAAUAAGGAGGGCGUCCCACCAUUCUCUCGGACGAUACAGCACCUCUUCUACAGCAAAGAAAAUGACUGGGGGUUUAGCCAUUUUAUGUCCUGGCAAGAUGUUCUAGAAUCGGAUAAGGAGUAUGUUAAGGAUGACUCAAUUACGCUGGAGGUUAAAGUCCAGGCUGAUGCACCACAUGGCGUGAGUUGGGAUUCGAAGAAACAUACAGGAUAUGUAGGUCUUAAAAAUCAGGGUGCCACGUGCUACAUGAACUCUCUUCUGCAGACACUGUAUUUUACAAACCAACUAAGGAAGGCUGUUUACAAAAUGCCAACAGAGAGUGAUGAUUCAAGUAAAAGUGUAGCACUAGCACUUCAGAGGGUAUUCCAUGAGUUGCAGUUUUCAGACAAACCUGUUGGUACAAAGAAACUAACAAAAUCUUUUGGCUGGGAGACGUUGGACUCCUUCAUGCAGCAUGAUGUUCAAGAAUUUCUACGUGUGCUGUUGGACAAACUUGAAAGUAAGAUGAAGGGAACCUGUGUUGAAGGAACUGUGCCAAAGCUCUUUGAAGGAAAGAUGGUGUCUUUCAUUAAAUGCAAGAACAUUGACUAUACAUCUACAAGAGUAGAGACCUUUUAUGAUAUUCAACUCAACAUCAAGGGGAAGAAAAAUAUUGACGAAUCAUUUCGUGACUACAUAACAACAGAAGUAUUGGAUGGUGACAACAAGUAUGAUGCUGGUGAGCAUGGUUUACAGGAUGCUGAGAAAGGAGUGAUAUUCUCAGCAUUCCCUCCAGUUCUGCAUUUACAUCUUAUGAGGUUCCAGUAUGAUCCCAUAACUGAUUGUUCAGUUAAAUUUAAUGACAGGUUUGAAUUCUAUGAAAAAAUAAGUCUUGAGCCAUACUUGCAGCAACCUGAGCCAACAAGAGCAGAUUACACACUUCAUGCAGUUCUGGUACAUAGUGGAGAUAAUCAUGGUGGCCACUAUGUAGUUUUUAUAAAUCCCAAAGGUGAUGGAAAGUGGUGUAAGUUCGAUGACGAUGUAGUGUCUCGUUGCACAAAAACAGAAGCCAUUGACAACAAUUAUGGAGGCCAUGAUGAUGACAUGAACAUGACAGUGAAGCACUGUACUAAUGCAUAUAUGUUGGUCUACAUUCGUGACAGUGAAUUAAAAAACGUGUUACAAGAAGUGACUGAAGAGGAUAUUCCUCAGGAGCUAGUGGAGAGGUUACAAGAAGAGAAACGAAUGGAACAGAUACGCCGCAAGGAAAGGAACGAAGCUCAUCUAUACAUGUCUGUUCAAGUACUGCUAGAGGACAGCUUUGAUGGCCAUCAGGGUAAUGAUUUAUACGACCCUGAACGUGCACAGUAUAGAAUAUUCAGGGUACGGAAACAAACGACACUUCAAGAACUCCUGGAACACUUAGCAGAAAGUAUGAAGUAUCCAGUUGACCAAAUACGACCGUGGCCAUUUGGAUUCAGGUCAAAUCAAACUUGUAGGCCAACGCUAAUUGAUGUUGAAGCAGACUUGCACAAGCCUAUAUUGGAAGUUGCUGAAAAUCAGAAUCCUUGGAAUAUUUUCUUGGAGGUUGUACCUCCAGAUUCUGGUUUGCAGACUCUUCCCCCUUUUGACAAGGACACAGAUGUGCUGCUGUUCUUCAAAUUGUAUGAUCCAAAAAACAAGAGGAUACAUUACUGUGGGCAUCAUUACAUGCCUGUCGCAGCAAAAGUCCAGGAACUUAUUCCAAUGUUGAAUGAAAGGGCGGGGUUCCCUGCAGAUACAGAACUAAUAUUAUAUGAAGAAAUAAAACCAAAUAUGGUAGAAAAAAUUGAAAACUGCAAUGAGCCUUUGGAGAAAGUUCUUGAAGAACUGAUGGAUGGUGAUAUUAUCGUCUUUCAAAAAGACGAAAGAGAAGAUUCAGAACUUCCAACAUGUAAAGACUACUUUAAGGAUUUGUUUCACCGUGUUGAAGUAACUUUCUGUGAUAAAAUGAUACCCAACGAUCCAGGAUUUACGAUUGAUCUUUCACAGAGGAUGACUUAUGAUCAAAUGGCACGAGCUGUCGCCGAACGAGUUGGUGUAGACCCUUACUUGCUUCAGUUCUUUAAGUGUCAAAACUACAAAGAUAGUCCUGGAAACCCUCUCCGGUGCACCUAUGAUGGAACAUUAAAAGAAUUGCUAGUUUAUUGCAAGCCUAAGACGCCUAAGAAAAUAUUUUAUCAGCAGCUUAGUAUACGAAUUAAUGAACUUGAAAACAAGAAACAAUUUAAGUGUGUAUGGGUAGGCCCAAAAUUGAAAGAAGAAAAGGAGCUAAUACUGUACCCAAAUAAAAAUGGUACAGUAUCAGACCUCUUGGAGGAAGCAAGAAAGCAGGUUGAACUGUCCGAAAAUGGGUCUGGAAAACUUAGGAUAUUUGAAGUAAACUGCAACAAAAUUAUUUCUGGCCCAAAGGAAGAUGGUCCACUAGAAACACUAAACUCUUCUGCUAGUAAAACAUUCAGGAUAGAGGAGAUACCACGAGAUGAACUGCACCUAGCGGAUGAUGAAAUGCUAAUGCCAGUUGCCCAUUUUUAUAAGGACAUUUUCUCUACAUUUGGCAUUCCAUUCUUCCUUAAAGUGAAGCAUGGGGAGCCAUUUUCAAAGAUUAAAGAUAGAUUACUGAAGAAAUUAGGAAUUCAAGAAAAAGAAUUUGAGAAGUUUAAAUUUGCACUAGUUGUGAUGGGGAGGCCAACAUUUAUUGAACAGCCAGACUACUGCAUAAAUUUGCAGGAUUUCAGGUGUCAUCCAAACCAAGGAAACACUGCACCAAUGCCUUGGCUUGGGCUAGAGCAUGUAAACAAAGCUCCCAAACGAUCUAGGUACAAUUAUCUGGAGAAGGCUAUUAAAAUCUACAACUGAGAAGUCCUAGGCUGUUUCUUGUACAUACGUAAUUUGGUUGCAAGGACUCCAAGAGAAAGCAACCUUUAUUUGUAAUGAAGAGGUAUUUAAACCUCAGAAAGACUGAGUGGGAUUGUGUUGUGAACAGACAUUCAGUGACAUUGGUGUGGUGAACUGUGUCUGCAGCAACAGUGAUAAAAUAACGAACUGUGUCAUUUUGUCAGAUGUGACAAGUACAGCGUUGUGUGAUCAGGUAAUAAAAUUGUUGUGUUAUUUCUUUGCCAAUGACUAUUCCUCAUUCGUUAUGAAUGCUGCUUCCCGAUAACUCAAGACACGGCUGUGUUGAUUAAUGAAUAAAUUAUACACCAAUUAAAAUUUUUCCUUGCUUGUAGAUACGAAUUUUACGGUAAGAACAUUUUUACAAGUCAUUUUUCCCCCUUUAUAACCCUGUGGUUCGUGUUCCUCAUUGUUCUGCACUGUGGUGAAUGUGACUGUCUGCUGUUUUGCUACAGUGGAAGAAUGAAGAAAGCACCUGUGAAUAAUCCGGUUAAAAUGUUUGUAAGUAAUCUGUUUUUAAAGACAAUAGUAUGUUCUGUGAGGUUACCAGAGUUUGUGACAAGAUUUAAGGAUAGCAUGUGGACAAAGACCAAGAGAAGUUCAGCAGCAAACUUUGUGGUAUAACAUAAUUAUACUAAAUGCGCUAUCAAAAUUGUAAGUUCAGAUGUUAUGCACAGGAAUUUUAUUUCGUACUGUUUUAGUCGCUUUAAAGUAACCAAUUCUAAUAAAUCAGUUUUGUGAAAGAAAUUGUUUCGUGAAUUGGGACUUAAUUGUUGAGUAAUGGAUUAAUAAAAAGAAAGUUAUUUUUGGACCUGAAA